GACGAGCUCGACGCCAUCAAAGAUUAUCUCACCGAACUGAACCGCUCAGCGCAGAGUUUACAAAAUGCGAAUUACCACCGCAGUGUGUUGAAGGAUACAUCGUGGAAGGACCAGAAUAAGAGGAACCCCUUCCUCCGGUGCAUACAAAUGAAGAGAGACGUGGAAAAGCAAUUCAGGUGCAUCGACCUUGUUAGUCACUCGAACGACGCAGACAGUGCCAGCACGUCGGAUGACCCCUCUGAGGGGGAAAGACAAAGUAGGGGAGGCACUCCAACAGGAAGGGCACCUCAAGUCGAACAACGAAGAGGAAAAAAAACAACCUCGCAACAGGAGAGUGGGAGGGGAAAAAAAGACAUCCGCUUUUCACUUGAGAAUAGAAGCAAUGCGAAAGAAAGAAACCAACGGGGGGAAGCUAACGCGUGUGCCACUUCUCUUAACGGAAAGGCGGAUACACAGACGAGGCUCAUUCCGUAUGGAACGGCGAGGAAGGGGGAGGAGGGCGAAUAUGGCAAAAUGGGGAUCUUCUCCCUGCGAAAAGGGCAUAGCGAACAAGAGAAGCCCCCCGUCCGCACAGAUCAACGGAAGGAAAGGAAAGCGGAACAAACGAAGCAGGCAAAGCAGGCGGAGCAGUUAGGCAAUUUCUCAAACGAGCGGGAACGGGAACUCUUCCAGUACCUAAUUGUAAAGGCAAACGACGAAAUCGAAAAUAUCAGCCAAAGCUUAAGGAAGAAGUAUGAGGAAGAGCUGAUGAGCAAAGUAGACCAGAUAAAAGCAUCGUACGAAGACAGGAUAAAGAGGUUGUCCAAGGGAAGGAGAUAUCUUCGUGAUGAGAAGGAACAAAUGGUGAAGGAGGAUAAGUUCAACAAAGAGGUCAUAACAAAAUUGGAAAAAAAAAAUAUAUUAUUGCUACAGGAGAUGGAAGAAUUGAAAAAAAAAUAUCAGCUUGUUUGUGACGCAACGUUACAGAAGGACGUCCUAAAAUGGAAUACCGAUCAAGUGGGAGUGGAAGUGGGAAUGGGAACAAUGAGGGAUGAACAUUCUCGGGAGGACCACCUCAUUAGGGAUUAUGAAAAAAAGAUAAACAAGCUAAAGGAGCAACUGAACCGAACGCAUGGAGAGUGCUUAUCUUUUAAAACAAUGUGGGAAGGACAUGGACGGCAGUUGCACCAGCGACAGGAGGAAGUGAGUGACCUACAGCGGGAAGUGCACAAGUGUCUUACCUCCAAAAAGGAAAUGGAAGAAAAAUGGGCACACCUGAAAGGGGAAAAUUUCAAGAUGGAGGCAGAGAAUGAUCGCUUGCGGGCCGAACUGAAGAAAGCCAAGUUGAACAUCCAGAAGUUGGAGGAAAACCAUGCGGACGUCUGCCAGAACAAGGAUCACCUCCUUGCGUGCUACAAAACGGAGGAAAAAAAGCUGAAGGAAGAUGUGCAAAAUUACAAAAUGAAGUGCGCCUUGCUGGAAAAUAAAAACCAGGAGCAGCUAUUCGAAAAGAAGUGCAAAAUGCUGGAAAACGCGCUAAAAGAUACAGAAAAUGAGAAGAGCAUUUGCGAAAGGAUCUGCGAAAAGAACGAAAACAUACAGAGAGACAUGCUCAUCGAAAUAAAGAGCCUAAAGAACGAACUGUACGAGUGCAAACAUAAAGCUUACAAAAUUAGUAAAACUGGAGUUAACCUUCCGCAGGGGGGAUAUUCUACGGAUACUCGAAUGGGAUGGAGGCAAAAGGGGUGGCCUCUUCCGAUGAUGAAUCAGUUAGCCGUGGAAGGGAAUCAUCACUUCCCAGGAGAGCAGGACACAACGCAAAAGAUAAAAUCCAUAGAAAAACAACUUACACUGCUUAAACUUGAACGUAGUACCAAAGAAGCGGAAUUAAAAAGGUGUCCAAUGUAUGGGGGAAGAACAGAAGAAGUGAGAAGAAGGGAAUGUCUCACGAAGAGGCUCCAAUGCAUCGACGACAAAAUAAGAAUGCUUGACGGGACUUUAGAAAUUAUUCAAUUGAGCACCGGCGAUCACGUUACG